AUGGUCCCUCUCUCUGUGACUGACGACCAAAUCGUUCUCCUCUGCCAACAGCACAAUCUCCAUGAGGGAUAAUUGCUUACCGACGACUCGAUUGGGCGCAAGGUGAUUAAGCUCGCCGAGAAUGUCGUGGUAAAGUUCGGACUCGGGGUGACUCGCCAGGAGGCGUGUGCUCAGCGCCUUGCGUUCGAGAAGGUCAUUUGUGAAGCUCUCCGAAUUCCGCAGGUCUACCGUUCCAUCGAGAGACCAAAGUCGAUGCGCCUCUCAAUAGGUUAUCUCUUGAUGGAGAACAUGCACGGAGUUUCUUUUGAAGGGAAGGACUGGAAUCACCCGGAUAUACUCUGUCGCGUGGUGACCGCCCUUAACGCAGUCAACUCCAUCUCCGGCAGAACGCCCGGCUCGGUAUCUGGCGGGGAAUCACACGGUUGCCUAUGGCCCGAAGAUGGUUCCUGGACAGCAUUCCACAACAGUGACGACCUCCAGUGGUACCUGAACGAGAGACUGGUGCAUUUCCAGAGCAAUGUCAUUAUCCGUGAGGCAGAUCUUCGCCUUUGUCAUAUGGAUGUGGCACCACGAAAGUUCUUAAUCGACUCGCAGAACAGGUUAUGGCUUUUCGACUGAGCGACCGCUGGCUUUUACCUGCGCUCCUUCGAGCUAUGGUCCAUUGAGUUACUCGAAAUGUUGUUGGAAACAUUCUGGACCGCAACUAUUGCAAGACUUGAAGGCCACAGCGGAAGGGCUACAAGGAGUGGAGAAUCUGACACUGGUGUACAGAUGGAACUCACAUUUUACUACGUAG